AUGACUCGCUGCCUGGCUUCUCAAUUAGCCGUUAAGCUGUCUCCAUGCUCCGUCAUCACCAGUCUUCUGCCACAAGGGGGUCUACACCUCACCAUAUUUACCACAGGGGCGCCCCAUGGUUUUCAUGCACAUCUGGAUGGACCAUUCAUACAGUUUCUCUCGCAAAAUGGAAAUGGCAGUGAGGCCCUAUUGGAUCGGAACCCACGUCUUCUUACGCUCAGUCAGGACAAUGAGUUCUGCGUUCAUGAUGUCAGUGUUGCAGAUGGGAGAGUUGACCUAACUUGUGCUUGUGUAUGUGAUAAAGACUCCUUGAGACAGCUUUGUGCAGAGAAGCAUGUCUGUAUCCCAUCAUUGCCUUCAGUUCGUCUGCUGUCCCUAUGUGAUCAGGAUAUUGUUCUUCUGGUUAGCAACUGUUUCCUUGUACAUCUCCGCUAUACUGAUGAGGAGCAGAAACCAAUUGUUGUCUCUUGUUUGUGCCUGGAGCUGGAUCCAGAGGCUGCAGAACGGAUCUCAGAUGUCUGCUUGAGCCAUGAAGUCCUUUUCCUUCUGGAUAGCCUUGGAUUGAUUUAUGCAUUUGACAUUUUAGAUGGGUUCCCAAUGAUUGCUAUGGAGCUUCCUGUAAGGACAGAUUCUGAUGCAGUGGAACCACUCAAUUGCAUUUGUGUUAGUCCAAACCUAGAUCUAAUGGUGGUCUCUUCUGGUUCCUCCUACUUUCUUCCCUUGAAGCUGAGUAAACGUUUUAGUGAAGAUGUGACUCUCUGCCUACACAUGUGGCGAGAUCAGCGUCAAUUGAACUCCUCCGCCUCAAAUGUUGCUGAGCUGUAUAGCGGGGACUCUUAUGGAUAUUCACUUGGAUAUGGCUUUCCGAUGGACAGGUCAUGGGACGCUAUCCUAUCCUCACUUUCUAAGGAGACAAAGAGUUAUUCAACAUUUCCUUUGUGCCCAUCCACUCAGAGUCUGAUGCCAAGCACCAUCUCCACUGAUGCCCCUCUCAGUUGGGCAGUUUCAGGUGCAGGUUGGGUGAAAAUCCAUACAGACAAGAUGAAGGCUCCUGUAAGGAUUCACAACUGGUCCUUGUCAUCAUUCAGUGCCUUGUUCUGCUUGUCAGAUGUUGAUGGAUGUGCCAUCUUGGUCCACUGGAACAUGGAAACACAAGUUGUUGAUUACCAUACUCUGGGGAAAGCUUUAUGUGUGGAUGGUGCAGAUGAUGAAGCCUGUCUAAUUAUAACAGAUGAGGGCCUUUCUCUUGCCUUGUUUGCUGUGUCACAGAAUGAGUUUCUCACCCGCUUAAUGAUUCACGGCAGUGCUAGUACUGCAGACACACUGUGCUACCUGAAUAACUGGGGGCGCUGCUCUGUUCCCAUUCACACCUUAGAGGCUGGCUUAGAGAACCGACAGUUGGAUACAGUUGAUUUUUUCUUAAAGAGCAAAGAAAGCAUCCUCACUCCACUGACAUGUGAAGAUGGCAGCGUGCAGUCUGAACAAUACCUACAUAAUGUGCAGGAUCUUGUCCCGGCUCUGGACCUUCUUUUCUCAUACAUACAAGACACGGACCAGGAGCCUCAGAGCAAACACUUCUCAGAGCAGCUGCUGCAAUUGACUCUCCAUUUUCUCAAUGGCCAGGUUGUGGCAGUCCUCAAUCUUCUGGCUGACUCUAGCCUGGAACAGUGUGUGGGAAUUCUAAGUCGAUACAUCAACAAGCUCCGGUCUUUCAUGAGGAGGUUCCAGCAGCCAUUUCCUGUGCAGGCCCAGCAUGCUGAGAGAGGAAAGAGGGCGUGGGAGAGCAUGCCUGUGGAGAAUAUAAUUUCUGAUGCCAUCUUGUCAAACUGUAUUCCUGAGGCUCAGUCAUUCCUACGCGCAAAGGGACAUCAUUGUUUCAGCCUCCCAUGGAUGAAACGAGAAGGCCUAAACAUGGUGUUUGAGUGCCUAAUGCAGAAGCGGCUGACAGAGGCUUGCCAACUCUUGCAGAACAUGGGAUAUUCUGUAUGGGACGAGCUGCGCCGUAUCUGCUUGUACACAUCUCAUGUUGCUGUUCGGGACCUGCUGGUAGACCUGCUGCAGCAAGAGGGGCUUUUUUCAGUAGAGGAGCAUGAAAGGAUCCAGACAGUGUACCAGUUAGAAAAGCUGUGCAAUGAUGUGCAGAAGCCUGUAGGAGAAAGGCCUAGCCUGACUUAUUCCAAGCCUGUUUGGAAAACCGGUGACUUGCCUCCAGAGGCACAUGUGCUGCAAAAUGCAUUGAGCUUUGUAAAAGAUGAGCCGAUUGUUCUUCUUCUGCACUGGGCCCAGGACUGGGACUCAGAGACUCGAGAAUCAAUCUUAUUGCCCUGGAAAAAUGAUGCAGACUUGUCUUCUGUCUCGGCUAAAAUCUUGUGGCGCCGUCUGACUCUGUGGCAUGAUUGGCCAAGAAUUGAAUCUUGGAUCGACAACAUGGGACAUUGUGAAAUGAACAGGGACAGCCAACACUCACAGUGGCCUCCCUUAAGCCCAGACAUAAUUGAAGAGAACACUUUAUGUUGUGACUACACCAGAGAGAGAAUUCUAAACAAGUUAGCAAGGAUGAACAUUUUUAUCCCUUCUGAGCUGAAUGACUUUGAGUCUUUGGUGCAGAGACUUGUUGUUAAUUGUCAGCUCAUGCUGCCAGCCGAUUCUCCCAUAGAGAGCAUCUCUGCACAUUAUCCAGAUUUUCAUAAUCGCUUUGUGCUGAUGUGCGUUGAGCGUGGCCUCCAACACCUGCUGUACGCCUACUUAGACCAUCACAGUUUACAACCAGAGAAUUGUUCUGGUCUGUCCAGUGCAUCAUUACACGAGGCCUACCCCUGGUUUGGAUUCAUGGUUAAUAUUCGUCAAGUCAAUGCCGAUACAAAGGAUGCCAGUCGGAUGUUUCAUGCCAGCCUUUCAAAUGCCCAUGUACUGAUGCCAGGCGACCAGCCUACUGUGAACGGCAUGCUCUUGGAAGGACAUACACUGCUUGCUCUGGCAACCAGUAUGUAUGCUCCUGGUGGAAUUGAUGGGGUAUUGCAGCAGAGUGAAGAAUCCAGUCUCUGUACAUGGAAUGUGGACCCUCCAUUACUUAAGAUGGCUCUGGCACCAUAUCCCAAGCUUAAAGCAGCCCUGUUCCCUCAGCAUCCACGCAACUCGCCACUACCUCCUGACAUCAGUCUUUACCAUCUCCUGCAG